AAAAACUGCGGCUGAUCCAAGAAGAACGCGGGCGAGAGGAACAUGUCAACAUGGCGACACUGAUUUCAGCGCGACGGAGGAGUAGUCCUGCAACUCGCGUGGUGGAGUUUUAAAAGAGAUUGGACUCGCGAAGCGUCCUUGACGGAGGGGACGUCGGCUGAGCGAACAGUGCCUCUGUGUUGGACAUACGAUGGACUGGGGCCAAGGUGUGUUUUCCCUUUGCCUCAUGAGUGAUGAAGAUCCUGAACAGCAUCAAGAGUAUUGAACAGGUACUGCACGGACUCUAAUCAUACCAAUCUGAGACCUCAUCAGCAUCAAAUCCCUACAAGCAGCAGCAGUAGCACACCCUCCCCCACAUACAGGACCAAGGAGCAGACAGGAAAAUUCAUCUCCCUCAGGGGCCAAAAUGACCACAUGUUCACUGGGGCCAAAGAUCUGCUACAGUAGCCCGGAGGUCUUCUGUGAGGGCUGAGUGGUCCUUGUGGGUGCUGUCUAUACUCGAAGUCGAGCCAGUGGCCCCCUCUGCAUUUAGUUUUGUUUUUUUUCUGCCCCACACUGCCACACUUGUCUGUCAUCAUCAUCCAACUAAAAAGAUCAUUGCAGCAGUUCACCCCAUCUGUGACCCCAUCAUGUUCAUCUUCUGCAACCUCGCUGCACUGAUGCUUCUACUGACUUUUCAAAGUCCAGUUCAUGCAGGGAAAAUCAUUGGAGGCCAUGAGGUUAAUCCACACAAACGGUCGUAUAUGGUGUUUUUGCGGCUGGUGAAUAAGGCUGAUGAGUUGAAAGGCUGUGGUGGAUUCCUUAUUAGAGAAGAUUUCGUGAUGACUGCAGCUCACUGCCAGGCCAAGGAUCAUGGGUCCUAUGACGUUUUUUAUGGGUUUGACAAACACAGUGAAAACCAUAAAAAAAUGUCUGUGAAGAAAGAUUUUCCACAUGAUCACUACAAUGAAAGUGAUUACACAAAUGACAUAAUGCUGCUGAAGUUGUCCCACAAUGUAAGCUCGGCCCUCCAUAUCAAACAUAUUGAGCCGGCAAAGGAGAAAAGUAGCUCACUGCCAAAUCCAUGCUCAGUCUGCGGUUGGGAACUGCGGUCAUCUACAAAAUUGCCUUCGAAACUGCUGGAAGUCAAUGUCAGACUUGUUGAAAAUCGGGAUUGUGUCAAAGAAAGUGCUUACUGCUCUGAAGGAAAAACUGGAACAAGUGGGGGAGACUCCGGAGGUCCAUUAAUCUGCAAUGGAAUGGCAUAUGGAGUGGUGUCAGCAAGCAAACCAAUCGAUGGUUCCACUCUGUAUAAGUACACAAACGUACCUGACACCACUGACUGGAUCAAUAACAUCCUGAAGGACAACUGAAACAGCAUCUAAGCCACAUAUCACCUUGAUCAAACAAUUUGACAAUAAAAAAUUUUUUAGUGCAGAAGUAAUGGUCUGAUAAUUUGUUUUAUUUGGUUAAGUUUGUCGGUGUUAUAAUUCUGUAUUUUAUACUAAGAUCUGCUGUUCUUAAAGUGCAUGCUCUGAUCAUUGUAGUAAAUGCUGAAUGAAUAGUUAAUAGUGUAUGUCUGAGAGAAAUGUUGGUGUUAUAUUAAGUAAUUUUGAUUAUUGCUACCAAUACAAGCCUUAAGGAAAAUAUUGCUUUGUUCAUGGUAUUUAGAUAGAAGCUUGAGCUUUUAUAGAUUGAUGUGCGUAAUUUCAAAAGAUAAACAAAAUGCUGAUUUCUCACUA